AUGCAGUUCCUCACCACCGCCCUUUCCCUCCUGUCGCUGUCCAGCGCUGCUCUUGGCUGCACCCGCUACAACAUCAAGUUCCGCUCCGCCGAGGCCAGCUGCGCCGACGACCAGGCCAAGUUCAACACGGCCUGCAACGAGAUCAAGGCCACCAUCUCCGACUUCAGCGCCGGCAACGAGAACCUGUAUGGCUCGGACUUCACGAACUCGUUCACGGGCUGCGACUCGUGCGGCACCACGGACCCGAGGUGCCACUGCUCCGUCACCGCGUGGAGGUACCACGAGUGGCAGUCGACGGACAACAAGUUCGACACGGGCGUCUGGGAGACCACCCAGGACUGGACCGCCAUCGACGACAAGACUGUCGACUGCUAG